GAAUGUUUGUACAAAGCAUGCUCAAGGUUUGGACUAGUCUACGAAGUGCAGGUGUUUCUGUCACAAAGCAACAAUGUGGCUCCAACUUCUUGCCUGGAGAAUGGCAGUGUAGUGUCAUCAAGGUCAAGUGACUGUGGCCAGACUGAAGAGAAAGACUAUAGCGAACCCCCUCCUGUAUGCAGUGACUGUCAGGGCCAGCAACCACUGACCACUCAGUCCUGCUAUGCCUUUGUCAAGUUCUUCUCCAGAAUGGCUGCAAGAAAAGCCAAGAGAUCUCUCCACCUCACUCACUUCGCAGGGAAAGAAGCUUGCAAGGUAAACUUUGCCAAACGCAGGAAGCCUGACGAGAGAGAGGGUGUUCUUCUUUAUGUGUCCCGGUGCAGAGAGCUGGCUAAUCACUUCCUGGGUUACAACGGAUGGUCUUCUUCUGUGCGACUGUUAGCCAAGGAAAGUGGGGAUGUACCUCAAAGCAGCGCAGACCAGUCACAGAACACCAGUGACCGGCCUGAACCCUCCAGAGAAUGGAACCGUGGCCCUCCACAAGCCAGCAGAGAAUGGAGCUGUGCCAUUGUGUAUACGGCAGAGAUUUCCCUCCCUAGACACGGACUGCGAGCCCUUGGGGUCGGCGAGUGUGAACAGACUCUCCCUGCUCCUGGUAUCCAAGCAAAGAUACAAGCCACUGCCCUCUGUCACAAACGGGCGCUAGAGCGUGCACUGCAGAACGCCUUCUCGAAGAUUCUCCUGGUGGUCUCCCCUGACGGCAAAGUUUACCCAGAAGUGGACACCACAAAGUCAGACCCCAUCAACUUCCUGUAUGGUCCCGAAGAAACGAGAGUCGUUGCUGUCAAUCAACUGGAGGAGGAACCGGAGGAGGAAAGUAGUGAGGGAGAGCAGGAGGAGGAGGAGGAGAUGGAUAACACAGCCGUCUCUGAGACAGACCAGAUCAACAUGGAUAUACUUCAACAUCUAGAUGAUGGAUCUUAGUUUGUAGUUCAGUUGCUGUCAGUCAUUAGAGUUAUAGUGUGGGUGGUUGGUGGAUGCUCUGAUGUGGUUUGUUCCUUCUUUCCAGUCAAACAUCUAUCGUCCUUAU